AUGAUUUGCCAGCUGCCACCGAAACACGUGAUCAGCACGUGCAUCCAGGACCAAUAUAUAUGCACGAUUGCUUUUACAUCUUCCUUCGUAUCCUCAAAACGCGUGAUCGAAGUUUCAAGGCGAUUCUCCCUACUGUCUGGCGAGAUCUCCGUUCGUCGAUCUUUCCUUCUACCGCCGGCGAUCGCUUGUCUACUCGUUGGGCGAUGUGAUGUGUUGAGGAGGGGGGAUGAUUGUAAGAAUUACUUAAAAAAGGAGCAUGGUUAUUAUGGGGCCCGCGAUCGUGGUUUUAGAUUAGGUCGAGGCGGCCGUGACCAAUUUAUUGAAUAUAGGUCUGAUGAUACUGUUGCUUAUGAAUUAGGGCUUAGGGAUUCUGAGGUUUCUAGGGUCGAGAAUGAGCAGUCAAGUCGAGAUAAGAAAAGGAAGUUCUCUCCAAUUGUGUGGGACGGAGACAAGACGGAAGUGAGGGUUUCAUCAAAGAAUAGAAUCAUCACCCCGAGUUAUAGUCAAUCACAGAAUGUUUCCUCUGAUUCCAGAGUUCGACUUUAUCCUGUUGCAGAAAACAAGCUUCGGGGAUUGCAAAUUUCACCAGUUGAAUCUCCUGUGCCUCAUGGGUCUGCGUGUAGUGCAGCUUUGGGGACCGGAGUUGGUUCUUCAUCUCUGGUGUCUCAGGAGAGGUGUGGGGAUAAAGAGCAAGUGGAAGAAGAGUGUGUGCGGGUGCACAACAUCUCAACCUCACGAUGGGCAUCUGAGAAUGAUUCUCCAAGGGAUUUGUAUCUUUCCAAUGAAGAAGAUAUGCCCAAAAGGCAAGGAAUGGUCUCUCAUAUGGGUUCUUCGAGUCCAGAGUGUGGAGAGUUUCUGAGAGAGGACUCAAAGGGAGAUAGAAGUAGAUCAUCAGAGUCUGAUGAAUGUUCUGAAUUUGCAUCAGACAAGAAUGAUUUUAUGGAGAUUGACAAGGAGCAUGAUGAAAAUGCUGGCAUUGACAAUUUUUAUUCCAGUUCUGAUGAUGACGACGACUACUAUGGUGACAAUGAUGAUGAUGCAGAACCUGUAGGUCCAAUGCAAGGAAGCAUAAACAUGCUACAGAGCUGUAGAAGUGUGUUUGAAUAUGAGAGAUUAAAUAAAAUAAAUGAAGGCACUUAUGGUGUUGUGUAUAAAGCCCGGGAUAAGAAGACUGGGGAGACCAUGGCUUUGAAGAAAGUUAAGAUGGGGAGAGCUAGUGGAAGAGAAGGUUUUCCUAUGUCAUCUUUGAGGGAAAUCAAUAUUCUUCUAUCUUUUGAUCACCCUUCAAUUGUGGGUGUUAAAGAGGUGGUUACAGAUGAAUCUGAUGGUGUUUUUAUGGUGAUGGACUACAUGGAACAUGAUCUCAAGGGGGUGAUGGAGAAGAUGAAGCAGCCUUUUAGUACAAGCGAAGUUAAAUGCUUGAUGUUACAGCUGUUGGAAGGCGUUAAGUAUCUUCAUGACAAUUGGGUGAUUCAUAGGGAUUUAAAGACAUCCAAUAUUCUUUUGAAUAACAAGGGUGAAUUGAAAAUCUGUGACUUUGGUUUGUCUCGCCAGUAUGGUAGCCCGCUGAAACCAUAUACUCCUUUGGUGGUUACAUUGUGGUAUAGGGCACCUGAACUAUUGCUGGGGGAAAAACAAUAUUCAACGGCAAUUGACAUGUGGUCGGUGGGUUGCAUAAUGGCUGAAUUAUUAUUGAAGGAGCCAUUAUUCAAGGGUGAAACUGAAGUUGAUCAGCUUCGUAAGAUUUACAGAACUCUUGGCUCACCAAAUGAGGCAAUAUGGCCAGGCUUUUAUGAACUCCCUGGUGCCAAAGCUAAUUUUUUCAAUCAACCGUAUAAUAUGUUGCGUAAGGUAUUUCCUGCUGCAUCUUUCACAGGAUCUCCAGUUCUCUCUGAUUCAGGAUUUGACUUGUUGAGCAAACUCCUAACAUAUGACCCUGAUAAGCGAAUAACAGCUGAAGCUGCUCUUAAUCAUAUCUGGUUCCAUGAGGUCCCUCUUCCCAAGUCUAAAGAUUUCAUGCCUACUUUUCCUGUACAACAUGCUCAAGACAGGCCUUCACAAAGAUCAGUGAAGAGCCCGGAUCCUUUAUUGAAGACAGGCAGAGGAAGGAGCUGUGGCGAGGGUUUCUAGGCAGUGAUAAUUUCCUUGGUUAAGAAAGAGACAUUAUGAUCUUGGGGUUCUGGUUUUUUUUACUACUUUUGACAGUAUAUCAAGAACAGAGGUGAGACAUUGUUUGUGUGCAAAGUUGCAAAACCAUCUGUGAGAUAUUAAUGUUGUUCCUUGGCAGGCACAUAAAUGGUGUGCUUGCACAGAUCAUUGUCCAGUUGGCGAGGUUGAUUUGCUGGCUAUGUCAAUAUGUAAUUUUUAUCGAUCAUAACAGUCUUUUGCUCUUCUUGCUGCAAGGUGGGGGUAUUAUGAUAUGACAAUUUGAUCUCUUUUUUUUUUUUUGGCCCUUAAGGGUUUUCACCUUUAAAUCUGUUCCAGAUGAAACUCUGUAAAUCUGUGUAAAUUUGUCCCAUUUCAAUUCCAAAUGUUGUUUUUAGGCUCUUGCACA